CACUCGGACAUCAUUCUGAAAAUAGUUAGAAUAGCUUCCUAGGACCUCAAAACGUCAACAUCUGAUGAAAACUCGACUUUCGAAAAUCGGGGUGAAAACAAUAACUUCCCAAUUUUUCGAAAAUCGUCGAUUCUCUUAGCGGGAAGUUAAAAAAGAAAAGUGAUUUUUGGACGUUCAUCGAAUCCUGGCAUACGGCUUGAUAGUCAAACAAAAUUAAAAAUUAUAAAAUAAAUAAUAAUAAUUUUAUGAUAUUCUCAAAUAAAGUUUAACUAAUAAAAUUAAAAAAAUUAAAAUUAUAUGAAUUAUUACAGGCUCAGUGCUUUGGAGUUAUCAGAUUUGAAUCUUUCACGUUUUUCGAAGUCACUUAUUAUAAGUUUAAAAUUAUUUAUUAUAUUUUUCUUAAUAACAUAAUAAUAACCAUAAUUUUUGUUAUUAUUAUUAUUUAUACUUAUAUAUUACAACACGAACUUAUUCAUGAUUAUGAGCACGUGGUGGCAAUGCUUCCAGUUCUCGAGGUUAUACUUUAUUCAGAUAUUUAUUUGUACAUGUGAUGAUUUAUAGAGAUUUUCCAAAACAGCCGAUUUUUUAUAGAUAUUUUAUUUGUAGAGAUUUUCAUUUUUAUAUAUUUUUUUUAAGUAGAUGUUUAGAUAUGCAAAUGUUUCUUUGUAGGAAUUUUUUUUUUUAUUGUAAUUUUUUUUUAGUGAUUUAUAAAUCUAGAGAUUUUUUUUAUAGGGACUUUUUUUUAUUCACUUAUUUUACAAUUCAUAUUUAUAAUUUUACAUUUAAUUAAUAUAGAUAUAUUUUUAAAUAUUGUAUUUUUUUUUUACAAUUUUUUUUUUUUAUAGAUAAUAUUUGUAUAAAAAAGUGAUACAUAUUUUCCUUUAGAGAAGUUUUUUUUUUCCCGAUGUUAUGCUACCGCGCAAGAAUUAAUGACCGAUAUUGUAUAUAUAUAUAUAUAUAAUCUGGUAUUUGCUACGCUUCGGGGUGCGUUCCACUAAGCGUUCACAACGCUCAAAACGCCUCAAAAUCCUAUCUAAAUACACGUGAGCGUGGCGUUGUGAACGUCAAGUGGAACGCAUCCCAGUGCAGCCAGAUCGUGGACUUGUGUAUAAUUUCCAUCAACGACAAUCUUAUCGCCAUAUUAUCGUGACAUCAUCAAAUUAUAUUACAAUUGAAAUGAGAACUAGAAGGGCCAACAAAAAGUUGCCGUCUGAAAUGGCGGCAACGGAAGAACCGCCGAGUAAAAAAACUAAAUAUUCCAAACUCCGUAAUAAAAUACCAGAUGAAGAAAUGGAUGUUGAUAUUGAUCCAGAAUUAACUCUUCCUGUUGCGAUUAAAAACGAAGACAUCAAAGCAAUUGACUAUUUAUUGAAUAAAAAAAUUGACGUUAACAUUCAUCAAGAGUCUUCUCCACCAGCUCUCCAUUUAGCCGUCGAAACAAAAAACUUGGAGAUAAUUAAUAAGUUAGUUGACCAUAAAGCCGACAUUGGCAUUAUUUAUGAAAAUAAAACAGCUUUGCAUCUUGCUGUUGAACAAAGGAACAAAGCAAUAAUCGAAAUACUUCUGAAAACUAAAAAGAAUAAAAGUAAAGUAAACGCAAGAGCUAAAGGUCAUUCGACACCUCUUAAUGUGGCCAUCAAGUCCGGUAACUUUGAGAUAUUUCAACUAUUGAUAAACUCUGGAGCAUACAUCAAACAAAUUAUUCGUGGAGAUAAUCCACUGCACUAUACAGCCCAAAAUAAUGCUGUCGAAAUAGCUGAGUAUUUAAUUAGCCAAGGAGCUAAAGUUGAUACUGACAUGAAAAAUAAAUUGUCGCCAUUUCAUCAUUGCACACCAUUACACGUCGCCGUUAACUGUGGAAGUUUUGAAGUGGCUCAAUUAUUAAUAAACAAACAAGCCAGCGUUCACGCUAAGACAACAUGGGGUAAAAAACCACUAGACUUAGCGAUCGAAAAAGGCAAUUAUCGGAUAUUCAAAUUAUUAGUUGACUCCGGAGCGACUGUGGAUUUGUCCUACAAAAAUAUGAAUCGAUUACAUUGGGCAGCUUAUCAUAAUUCAUUGGAAAUCGCUCAGUAUUUAUUUUCCAUAGGAGAUGACAUACAUUUUAAUUGUUUCUACAGGUGGUCGGAUUUUUAUCAGUAUACUCCAUUACAUGUUGCUAUUCAGCAAGGAAGUGUCAAAGUAGCUCAAUUCCUUCUUAGUAAAGGUGCUGAUGUUAACAUUUGUGGAAAAAACGGUGAAUCACCGCUUACAAUUGCCAUUGAAAAAAAAAAUUCUGAACUAUUUCAGUUACUCUUAGAUGCUCGAGCUGAAAUAAGUGAUUGUCCGAAUAAAGUUUUACCUUUACAUCAAGCUGUCGCUGUAAGUAAUGUCGAGGUUACGAAAUUUUUUCUCGAACGUGGAGUUGAUGUUAAUGUAAUAUGUGAAUGUCCAGUGUCUAAAUAUUCAGAUUGCACGCCGCUGCAACUUGCAGUAAGCACAGGAAAUCUGGAAAUCAUAAAUUUAUUACUGAAACAUAAAGCGGACGUUAAUAAAAGCACUACAAAGUUAGGAUCAGCUAUCGGAAUAGCUGUGGAUCGGAAUAAUUAUGAAUUGUACGAGUUGUUAUUAAAAGCUAGUGCAGAUAUUAAUAAACCUUCGAAUAUGACACUGUUACAUAGAGCUGUUGGUGCAAACAAUUAUCGUAUAGCUAAUGAUUUAAUCAAACUCGGUGCAGAUGUUAAUGCAAUUAAUGGAUCUGAAACUUCACAGUACUACGGAUGCUCACAGUUACAAAUUUCAAUUAUGAAUGAAAAUAAAAAAAUCGCAAGAUUGCUUCUUAAAAAACAGGCAAAAGUUGAUGAUAAAGAAUUUGAUGAAACUCCACUUGGUAUCGCUUGCGAGUGCGGUAAUUUUGAAUUAGUCAAGAUACUUGUCAACGCAGGCGCUGACAUUAAUAAAAUUUCUAACAAAGCGAUGCCGUUAUACUGGGCCGUUAAUGAACAAAACUAUCAAAUUGUUAAAUAUUUAAUUGACCGCAAAGCUCAUGUUAAUAUUAUUUAUAACGGCACAACUUUACUCUAUCGCGCUGUAGAAAGUGGAUCUAUAAAAAUAGUUGAAUUUUUGCUUAAAAAUGGUGCCGAAGUAAAUGCAAUUAAUGAUUCUGAUGAAACAUCUCUUACCGUAGCUGUAAAAAAGGAUAAUUUGGAGCUAGUUAAAAUUCUAAUCAAUGCCGGAGCUCAGGUGAAUUUAAGUAAUAACAAAAAUUAUUCACCAUUACACUGGGCCGUUCAGCGUAACAACUAUAGUACGACUCAAUAUUUAAUCGAACAAGGAGCUGAAAUUAAUAGUAUUCGCUUUGGUAAAACGCCACUGACUAUUGCUUGUAACAAUGGAAGGAAAGAUAUCGUUGAGCUUUUGAUUAAAAGUGGAGCUAUCAUUGAUCAUAAAAGAUUAAAUAUGACAGCUCUCGGCAUAGCUUGUAAGCAGGGUAAUUUCGAUUUAGUUGAGUUACUAGUAAACUUUGGAGCGAGUGUUGAUCUUCGUUCCGGUGGUGCGACUCCGUUAUGUUGGGCGGUCACUAGGAGAAAUUUCAAAAUUGUUAAGUAUUUAAUUGACCGCAAUGCUCAUGUUAAUAUUAUUUAUCAAGGCACAACUUUACUCUAUCGCGCUGUAGAAAGUGGAUCUAUAAAAAUAGUUGAACUUUUGCUUAAAAGUGGUGCCGAAGUAAAUGCAAUUAAUGAGGAAGGUAGAACAGCUCUUACCGUAGCUGUUAGAAAAGAUAAUUUGGAGCUGAUGAAAAUUCUAAUCAAUGCCGGAGCUCAGGUGAAUUUAAGUAAUGACAAAACUUAUUCACCAUUACACUGGGCCGUUGAGCGUAGCAACUAUAGUACGACUCAAUAUUUAAUCGAACAAGGAGCUAAAAUUAAUAGUAUUCGCUUAAAUAGCACGCCACUGACUAUUGCUUGUUACAAUGGAAGAAAAGAUAUCGUUGAGCUUUUGAUUAAAAGUGGAGCUAUCAUUGAAGAUAAAAGAUUAAACAUGACACCUCUCGGCAUAGCUUGUAGGCAGGCUAAUUUAGAUUUAGUUGAGUUACUAGUAAACUUUGGAGCGAGUGUUGAUCUUGUUUCUGAUAAUAUGACUCCGUUAUGUUGGGCGGUUCAUGUGAAAAAUUUCAAAAUUACUAAGUAUUUAAUUGAUCACGGAGUUAAAGAUAUUGAUGCUCGUUGGCAUGGUACUAUUCUAUUGUACUUAGCAAUUGUAAAUCAAGACCUACAAAUAGUUGAACUCUUACUUGAACACGGAGCUACAGUUAAUAUUGUCAAUAAAAAUGGUACAACAGCUCUUGGAUUGGCUAUUAAGACUAGUAAUUUGGAAUUAGUCGAAUUGAUAUUACAUGCUGAGGGUACAGAUAUAAAUGCUGCGUGUCACGAUAAUCGACGGCCAUUAGAAAUUGUAGCGCAAGAUCACAAUGUAGCUUUGAUGAAGCUUUUAAUUAAUCAUCGAGCUCAUAUUGAUUUUAUAACUAAAGAAAACCUGAAAUUUAUUUUUCAUGUUUUACACGUAGGAAAUAUCGAAAUGCUCAAGCUAAUAUUAUCUAAAAAUGUUGACAUUAAUUGCAGGAAUUUUAAUAAUGAAACACUCUUAUUUGCUGCUAUUAGACAGAGAUCAUUUGAAAAAACUGAAUUCAUACUUAUGAGAGAAGAUUUUGUCAAUAUUAAUGAUGUCUCCCACGGCGAGUCUGCGCUUCACGAAGCUGGUAAAUUCGGAGCGGACAAUCCGUUGAUAUUGAAUCUUUUAUUAAAUGCUGGAGUUGAUGUUAAUCUUGUAAAUAAAUCCAAUCAGACGGCUGUAAAUACAACAAAUUUUGAGAGAAACAAACAAAUUAUUAGAGAGCACAUGGUAAAAUUGAAGGCAGCUGGUUGGUCUUUAACUAAUCAAAAUUUAAAGGCAAUCAUCGAAAAAGGAUUGGACGAUUUUUUUAUUGAUUGUUUAAAGGAAAUAGAACUGAUGAAAAAUAUGAAAAUUGAUCAGACUAUCAUGAGUUACUACGAUGUUUUGCGUAUUAAUCACCAUGAAAUCGCGGUUAAAUUAAAUAAUUUUGACAAUAAAACUUUAAACGAAAAAGAGUUGCAGUUACUAUUCCCUUUGUAUGGUCGGAUAAUUUACUAUCGUUUAUUUAAAAGCUUACAGAGAAAUAAAUUGCUAAGCAUAAGCACUCAUGUAUUUGGUACAUUACUUUCUGGUCAACUGCCGUUUGAUAUUAUGAGAGCAAUUAAUCCUUAUUUAAGCAACAGAGAUCUCAAAAUAUUAUCUCAAUGCUAAAAAGUAAUUUUUUCUAUCGUUUUUGUCUUUAAUUUAUAAUUCUCCAAUAAAAAAUUUUUCAAAAAAUAAUAAAACUUAAAAUUGUAAUAAUAAGAUUUAAAAAAUUAUAUUUAUUCAAGUAAUCAAUAAAUUCCAGUAAUCAAUAAAUUCAAGUAAUCAAUAAAUUCAAGUAAUCAAUAAAUUCAAGUGAUAAAAUAUUUCUUUAUGUAAAACAAUUUGUGUU